AUGGACUCAUUCGAAUACAACCCCAACCCUGGCCGUGUCGUGUUCGGCAGCGGAACCCUACAAAAGCUGCCCGAGGAGGUCGCCCGGCUGCAGGUCACUUCUCCACUAGUGCUUUCUACACCCCAACAAGUGAGCCAAGCUGAGAGCGUCAAGGAUGUGCUCCAAGGUAAAGUGGCCGGAAUCUUCAGUGAGGCGACUAUGCACACUCCAACCCAUAUCACCGACAAGGCGCUCGAGUAUGCAAAGGCACAGGGUGCUGAUGCAGUGAUUUCCAUUGGAGGUGGAUCGACAAUCGGAUUAGGAAAGGCGAUCAGCAUUCGUACAGGGCUGCCUCAUAUUUGCAUUCCGACGACUUAUGCUGGUAGCGAGAUGACUCCUAUCCUGGGAGAGACCGCUGAUGGACUGAAGAAGACGCGUUCGGAUCCGAAGAUCUUGCCUGGAACAGUGAUCUACGAUGUGGACUUGACCAUGACUCUCCCGGCGGCUAUGAGUGCCACUAGUGGAGUCAAUGCAAUUGCUCAUGCAGUCGAAGCACUCUAUGCGCGCAACACCAACCCUAUCAUCACCAUGAUGGCCAUUGAAGGCACUCGGGCCCUUGCAUCCGCUCUCCCAGAAAUCGUCGAGAACCCAUCUUCUCAAUCUGCCCGAUCCAAGGCUCUUUAUGGCGCCUGGCUCUGUGGUACCUGCCUGGGCAGCGUGGGUAUGUCUAUUCACCAUAAGCUGUGCCACACACUUGGAGGUAGCUUCAAUCUCCCUCAUGCCGAGACUCACACUGCCGUCCUGCCUCACGCGAUCUCAUACAAUGCCCCCAAUAUUCCCGAGGCUAUGAAGGCUCUCGCAGAUGCCCUCCCAGACAGCAAUGGGGAUGCGAUCCAUGGUCUGAACGUCCUGUUGACCAAGUUGAAGGUCAAGCGGGGUCUUAAGGACUUUGGUAUGAAGGAGGAGGAUGUGGACAAGGCCGCUGACAUUGCUGUCUCGAACCCAUACUGGAACCCUCGAGCUAUUGAACGUGCUCCGAUCCGUGAGUUGAUCCGCCGUGUCUGGGCGGGAGAGCAAGCCAGUGCAAACCUAUAG